GAGAGUGUUUUCGCGUGGAGUAAACGUACUUGAGAAGUUUAAAUACUCUCUCUCUAAUCUCUAUCUCUCUCGCUUUCUCUUUCUUCUCUCUACUCUCUCAUAGAUUGCGCAAAAUUCGCGGUGUCAUUUUCCCGGAAAAACUCAGACGACACGGUUCAGUUACCAUUGUAUUCGAAGACAAGUCUUUCGUUUUUCUCCAGCUUGAGUUAUCUUCAAGGGAAAAUUUGGGCUUCUCACUUGACUUGUGGGUUCAGUUCAGAUAAUCUUGCCGGAAUCUUGGAUUUCCGAUCGCCGGAAUGUCGUUUCAACUCACUCACUAGAGAGCGACGCUACAAAUUACUGAUUUUUUUUUAUUUGUUCUUUUUUAAAACAUAAAGCCAAGAGUUGCGAUUUUUGGUAAAUAGUUUUCCAAUAUUUAAAAAAAAAAAAAAAAAAAAAAACUAGCUUCUUCUCCUUUUCUCUCGUCGUCCAUGUAUAUAGACUGAUAGAAUCCCGUAAAUUUCUCGUUCACUUUCUCUUCCUUCACCAAUAAUUUUUUUUUUCCUAAUUUUUCCUCGCUGUUUUUGGGGUCCUCUUCUUCGUGUCCUCUGUUCUUUCUUUUGGUUUCCUCUGUUUUGCAGAGCUUGAAGAGAGAGAAAUUGCGUCUCUCUUUCUCUCUCUCUCUCUCUCGCUCUUUCUCUCUCAUAUUCUGCGCUUUCUCCUUUGUAAUUUUCGCGUGUGGUUUGUCGCUCAAGAUUCAUGGCAGCAGUGGACAGGGGCUCAAUGGAAUCGAACCUCGACAGCUUUCUGUAUUGCACCACCCCCGGAGUUUCUUCUCAGUUUUUAGCCAAGGGUGAGGUUAGGAACUUUAAUAGGCUUUGGCUUCCAUGGGACAGAGAGAGGGUUGAAUACUUUACAUUGGCUGAUCUUUGGAGUUGUUAUGAUGAAUGGAGUGUAUAUGGUGCUGGGGUUCCUAUCAGAUUGAACAAUCAUGAAACUUUAGUUCAGUAUUUUGUGCCUUACCUCUCUGCAAUUCAAAUAUUUACCAGCACUUCCUCUGUAAAUUGUAUAAGGGACGAGAGUGAUUCUGCCUGUGAGACGAGGGAUUCGUUUAGUGAUUCGUUCAGUGAUGAAAGCGAGAGUGAAAAGCUCUCUAGAUGGGAUGGCUGUUCCUCGGAAGAUGGUUUGUAUGAGCAGGAUGGCCUCUGGCAACUGAAUGAUAGAUUGGGCUACCUUUACUUCCAGUAUUUCGAGCAAUCUGGUCCCUAUGGAAGAGUUCCUCUCAUGGAUAAGAUUAAUAGCUUAGCCCAACGGUACCCUGGAUUAAUGUCACUAAGAAGUGUAGAUCUUUCUCCUGCGAGUUGGAUGGCAGUUGCUUGGUACCCUAUAUAUCACAUUCCCAUGGGAAGAACCAUUAAGGACUUGUCCACCUGCUUUCUUACGUUCCACACCCUUUCCUCUUCUUUUCAAGAUAUGGACAUCGAAGAUGACUUGGGGAAUGCGAUUAAAAAGUCGAAGGCACAAGGUGCCAUCCCUCUCCCACCGUUUGGCCUAGCAUCUUAUAAGAUGCAAGGUGAUGUUUGGGUCUCCGACAAGAGUGGUAGGGACCAAGAGAGGAUGGUGUCACUAUUGAGCGUAGCGGAUUCGUGGCUAAAGCAAUUGGGGGUCCAACACCAUGAUUUUAACUACUUCAUGGGCAUGCGCCAUGGCUGAGGGCAAAGACGAACUGACUUUUUAGAAGCCUCGUUUGGGCGGGCUCUCACUUGAUCUUUUCCCCUUUCGGUUUUGUUUUUGCUUGAAAGUAGUACAUAUAUGGCCAUCGUCGGAUUAGGUUUUUACUGCAGGCCGGCAUCUUUUUUCUUUCUUGUUUUUUUGGUUAUUCGGUGUACUGUAUUCGCAAGCUGAUGACUGUUUAUGAAACUUAGGGUUUGAGGUCUGGGAAUGUGUAUAUAGGGAUGAAGAUUUAUGUAAUAUGUUUGAGAUGGACAGAGAGAGGCAAUUUGGCCAUGACUUUGAUGUAGUAGUGGUGCACUGAGAUUGUGACAAUGACAACUUGUAAUGCACGCUUUUGCAACCAUCUUCUUUUCUACAA